UUUGCCAGUUGCACUUGUCCAGUAUCAAACGCAUUAAAGCUCUGCAUGUGGGGCGCCAAUUCCGAGGGAACACCCAAGAUACCCAAAAUUAUAUUCUGUUAAUUUAAUGCGAGUUGAUUUCCAGAAAAAAAACAAGGGUUUCUUUCCAAACUUUUCUAUAUUUGAAGCUAAGGUAGAGAGAUGGCACGAAAUAAGAAAACGAAACGUUGUGUCAGCUUGCGGAAAACUCCUAGAAAAUCGGUUCACCAAGCUCUGAAAAUAACUAAACCAAGACUGAUUGAAAUCAGUGAAAUAACGACAAAGAAAAGGAAAUCCAGCCAAUUUAAGAAGAAGGUACAGCAACAGAAGCGCCUCCGCGACCAUCUAUUGCAGGAACGGAAGAAACUAAACAACAAUCUUCAUUCACAAUUGCUGUACCCACCGAUACCGCCACCUGUCCCAUCGGAGUCCUCCUCAUCGAGAUCAGCUUCUCGGCGGAAGGUGCAAGUAAUGCGUUCUGUGACUCCUCUCCAGAAUGAUCCGAUUGUGAUCGAUUCCGAAGACGAUUCCAACCUACCUGAAACCCCUUUAUUCUAUGUGGACAAAACGGGGGGAUUCAACGAGAAACAGGUUCCUCUCUAUGAGAGCAGUCACUGUGGUCUCAAUGACACUGUAAUGACUCUCGAUAGCACACUGGAAGAAGGGGAAAUUAAAGACGGAACUGUAGUUUCGUUUCUGAACAAGGCGUUAAACGAUGAAGAAAUCCGUAUACUGGAUGAGGAAGAGGAUUGUGAAGACAAUGUGCCCAGCGCGCCAGCGCAAACCGAUGUGGAUGAUCAGUCGGUCAUAUUCUGCUCGGAAAUCAUUGACCUGGAUCGAGACAACGUUAAGAAGCCUUUGGAAUUCAUACCGAUUGGAUUUGAUUACAUCAAACCGAAGGGCAAGAAACGAGUUCCUAAGAAAGCGGGGAGAAACUUGGAUGAGGGCGAAUCUUCUAGUCAACCGGAACCGGCGGAAACACAGGAAGAUGGCGAUAAACGAAUGGUUGUUAUCGAUGGCAACAACGUGGCAUUUGGCCACCUUCAAGGGAAAAAUUUCUCAGUCAAAGGAUUGAGCAUCUGCAUACAAUACUUCAAGAAGCUCGGUCACGAAGUGAAAGCAGUUGUACCUCAAUUCCGGUUGAAGAAGGAAAAAUCCUCCGACCAGAAGUUGCUCGAGGAGCUGUACCGAAGAGGCGAUGUCCUGCUGGCGCCUAGCAAAAAUCUCCCCGGACAAUGGUCAUCGUCGUACGAUGAUCGGCUCAUACUUUCCGUGGCGGAGAAAUUCGAUGGGGUGAUCAUCUCGAACGAUAACUUUCGCGAUCUGUUGGCCGAGAGUGAUUCGUGGAAAAAGAUUAUCGAAACGCGAGUGAUUGGCUAUACCUGGGCAAUGGAUGCGUUCUUUGUACCGGACGACCCGUACGGUCGUCACGGUCCCAAGCUGAAAGAUUUGCUUGAGCGUAAACCGAGCGAAGCGUCCAAAGAGAACUCCCCAUAAUUGACGGAGGACGGAACGAACUAAAUCAAAGCUCUGUGAUUCUAUUCACACGUACCGCCGAAAUUGCACUCAGUACUAUUAUCAACGAAAUCAAUGGAAUUACGAACAGCUCGACCAUAUUUUCACAAAGCGGGAAAGUUGUGUACGCGAAUAGAACCGAUCACGGACAGCCCGUUUCGAGAAGCAAGCUUAGACUCGAUAGUCCUUGCGGAAUCACUUAGAGUUAGAGUGGUUUAAGCUAUCGACAUUCUCAGCGCGAUAACGAUUACGGUUGGAGUGUCACCGUGAUAAACAUAAGAGAUGACCACACACAAUGAUGACGAGGCGCGCGCGAUAUUCACUUCUUUUGGUUUUUUUUUUUCAUUGCUGAAUGGAAUUGUAAUCCGUGUGCACAAAUAAGUUAUAAUG